AUGGAUACAGUUACAGACAGCGGCACCAGCAACGCGCCCUCCAAAAGAUUGGUCGGAAAAGUGGCAGUCGUGACCGGAGGCGCGAGAGGGAUAGGGGCAGCCACUGCCCGGGCCCUCGCCGAGAGCGGGGCCCACGUCGUGAUCGCGGACGUGCUCGAUGGGCCCGGGUCGGAGCUCGCCGCCUCGAUCGGCUGCCGGUACGCCCACUGCGACGUCUCUAUCGAGAGCGACGUGGAGCGUGCGGUCAGGGUGGCGGUCGACUGGAAAGGCCGGCUGGACAUCAUGUUCAACAACGCGGGCGUGGCGGGGCCGGAUGGCAGCAUCACGUGCCUCGAAACCGAGCAGCUGGCGUCCCUAGUCGCCGUGAACCUCUACGGGGUCGUGCACGGGAUCAAGCACGCCGCGCGGGCCAUGAUCGAGGGCAACAACCCGGGGACCAUAAUAUGCUCGUCCAGCUCGGCCGCCGUCAUGGGGGGGCUGGCGGCCCACGCCUACACGCUGUCCAAGGGGGCCAUCCUGGGCCUGGCGAGGAGCGCGGCCUGCGAGCUAGGGGCCCACGGGAUCCGGGUGAACUGCGUCUCGCCGCACGGGGUGCCCUCGGAGAUGCUCGUGGGUGGGUACAGAAGGGUGCUUGGGGAUCCGCAUUUGCAGGCGGAGGACGUGAGGAGGAUAGUGGGGGAGCGGGGGAGUCUUCUGCGUGGGCGGGGGGCGAGCGUGGAGGAUGUGGCUCGGGGGGUGAUGUUCCUGGCGAGCGACGACGACUCGGGGUUUAUAACAGGGCAUAAUUUGGUGAUAGAUGGGGGUUUCACAUCGGCCAACAAUCAAAUGAGUUUCAUUUAUCACAGCCACAUUAAUUAA